AUGAGUCGGAUAUUUCAGCAGAAUCGUGCACUUGGAUAUGUGUCAAAUCAAGUUCCAGCAACAGUUCGAUAUGUAACUGGACGAAAAGAGAAUUUAGUGACAACAUGCGUUGGAAAAUCAUUCCAAACAUUUAAUUGUACACAUUUUCGACUUUUAACAGUGUCUGGAUUACAUCCAGAGGAAAUAACAUGUCUAGCUAGUGACAAAUUCUUGAUUUAUUCAGCAAGUGGAACAAUUAUUUAUGGAUGGAGACGUGGAAAUGAGAUUAAACACAGAUAUGUUGGACAUAAAUCAAAAGUAACUCAUAUUCUACCUUUUGGAAAUCAUAUAAUAUCCGUAGAUGAGGAUAGCUUAUUGAAAGUAUGGGAUAAAAAAAGUGAAUGUCUUCAUACUGAGAUUCCAUUCCAAAAUGAAUCAUUUAAAAUUACAGCAAUAAUGCAUCCACAUACUUACGUCAAUAAAAUCCUAUUAGGAAGUGAACAAGGAACAUUACAGCUAUGGAAUGUUCGUCAUGGAAAGCUGAUUUAUACAUUCAGUGGAUUUUCAAGCAAAAUAACAGUUAUUGAGCAAUCUCCAGCUAUUGAUGUUGUUGCUUGUGGAAUGUCAAAUGGUCAAAUUGCUUUAAUUAAUUUAAAAGUUGAUAAGAUUCUCAUGGAAUUUACACAAGAAUGGGGAAUGGUCACAGGAAUUGCAUUCAGAACAGACGGUCCAACAAUGAUGGCAACAUCCAGCAUCAAUGGACAAAUUGCAUUUUGGGAUUUAGAGGAAAAGAAGAUUGUCAGCACUUUAUUAGCUCAUCACGAUAGUGUCAGUACACUCAAAUUCCUUCCAAAUGAGCCACUCUUAUUAACAACAUCAAUAGAUAAUUCAUUAAAGUUAUGGAUCUUUGACAAACUUGAUGGAACCCCAAGAAUGUUGCGUUACAGAGAAGGACAUUCAUCUCCACCACUUUGUAUUCGCUAUCAUGGCUCUAAAGGCGAUAGUAUAUUGUCGUCUGGCGAGGAUUCAUCAUUAAGAAUAUUCAGUACAAUAUCUGAGACACUUAAUGUUAGUCUUGGAAGGGCCAGCUACAACAGAAAGGCUUCUAAGAAAAUGAAUAAAUUGAGUGAUGAUCACCUAUUAAUGCCUCCAAUAACAAGCUUCACGUCUGAAAUGACAAGAGAGAAGCAUUGGGAUAGUAUUGUGGCUAUUCAUAAUAAUUUAGUUGAGGCAACAACUUGGUCAUUUGAUAAGAGAAAAAUGGGAGACUUAAAGCUUAUGCCAGAAAGAUUUAAGAAGACGAAAAGAAGUGAUUUCAAGACUUUUGCAACAUGCUUGACUAUGACUCAUUGUGGAAAUUUUGUCCUCAUUGGAUACUCGUCUGGAGAUAUUGAGCGAUAUAAUAUGCAGUCAGGAAUUCAUCGAGCAACUUAUGGGAAUCCAGCACAUAACAAUGACGUCCGUGGUAUUUAUGUGGAUAAUUUAAAUCAAUGUGUAAUCAGUGCUGGAGUUGAUACAAAAUUAAAAUUCUGGAAUUUCAAGACAAAAGAAGCAAAAGAUGCUUUUGGAGAAAUUAAGCUUCAAGACAGCAUUUUAUUUGUCAGAGGACAUCGCGAAAGUUCCAUGCUUUGUGUUGUUCUUGAAGAAUUUACAGUCCUUAUUAUUGACUACGACACAAAGACUAUUGUGAGAAAAUUCAUAGGACAUUCAGCUCCAAUUACUGAUGCAUGCUUUAGUCCAGAUAGUCGAUGGUUAAUUACAUCCAGUAUGGAUUGUACGAUAAAAAUUUGGGAUAUUCCAUCAUCAUAUUUAAUUGAUCAAUUUAAAAUGUCACAGCCUUGCAUUUCACUGUCAAUGUCACCGACGGGAGACUUCCUAGCUACAGCACAUGUUGAUUUCCUUGGUGUCUAUCUUUGGGCUAAUAAGACUCUUUAUGAACACAUCUCAUUAAAAUCAAUUAAUCCUGAAAAUGAAGCUCCAUCCGUUGAAUUACCAAAUAUGCUUCAAUUUGAGCAUAAAUAUGACAUUGUUGAUGCCAUGAAUCUUAUUAAAAUUGAGCCAGAAGCUGAGGAUGACGAAGGAGAAUACAUUAAUUUAGAAUAUAAAAGUCCAUGUCAAAUUGAUGAUGAUUUAAUUACAAUGUCAAGCUUAUCAGAAGCAAAAUGGAAGAACUUGCUCGAUUUGGAUAUUAUCAAGAAGAGAAAUAGACCAAAAGAGGCACCAAAGAAGCCUAAACAAGCUCCUUUUUUCCUUCCAACUGUUGCUGGAUUAGAAAUGGCCUUCAAUGUGAAUGGAAUCGUGCAGGAUGAUGACAGCACCAAGCUUAAAACCGUCUCUAAUGUAGAGAAUCUUACAGCAUUCGGAAUUGUCCUCAAGAAGUCAUCAGAAUCAAAUGACUACAUAAAUUCAAUUAAUCACUUUGUGACUCUUAAUCCAUCAAUGAUUGACUAUGAAAUUCGUUCAUUAGCUCCACUUAGUGGUGGAUCAAUUAAUCUUAUGGACAAAUUCCUUAAAAUGAUUAUUGAAAUGUUCAACAGCAAUCUGAAUUUCGAAUUAGCUCAAUCAUAUCUUGCAUUAUUUUUAAAAGCACACGAAGAAAUUAUUUCUGGAAGUAAAACUUUAAUUAAAACAUUGGAUGAAGUGGAAGUAGCUCAGAACAAGCGCUGGUCAACGCUUGAAGAACAACUUUUGUACAGCAUUGGAGUUGUUAGUAAUUUAAGAAAUUAUUGUUAA